UGCUGGACGCAUCCUCAAAAGUUCCUUCAAGUCUCCUUGCCGGUAACUUCAUCGAUCUCGGAAAUUUUGAUCAAUGUCUUGCAGUCCGCAGCGAUGCCUCCGACGCUCAUUUGCACGUCGUCGGAAAGUAUUGUCUCAUAAAAGCCAUUUUCAACAGAACUUGGAAUGAAAAUCAAGAGGUUAGUUUGAGAGACCUGAGCGAAGCAUGGACAUGGUCUGUAUGUAUUCCGGCUGCAUGCAGUGGAGAAGACCUGACUCAUCACUUAAAACUGUCUCUUAACGGUAUCGCUAAGCAAGUACAUGAAGUUCAUUGUACAAGCGGUACGGACAAUGCUGGUUUAUCCGCAACAUCUUUACUCAUGAUGUAAGACUCGUUGAUAGAAAUAUUCUUUUAUGGAAAACAAGUCUUUAAGAAUAUUUUAUAAACUUCCAAGGAACUUAUUUGCGUAAGAAAUC